UCUGUGGUAAUUACCAUAUGUGGUUGUGACACUUGUAAGAUGGGUUUGUGUAAAGUGUUUUCAGCACUGAUAUUUCUAUUAAUUGUUUGUGUAUGUACCAGUAACUCCGUUUCAAUAAGCAGAAAAUUACAAAAUGAAGAUUUUUUAUAUCCUUCGCGGUAUAAUAACUAUGAAGAGAUGACGAAUUUGUUCAGAGACUUGAACUCAACAUACCCACAUUUGGCAAAAUUACACUCUAUUGGCAAAUCUGUACAGAACAGGGACCUGUGGGUUUUAGAAAUCAGUGGAAACGUCCACCAACGUAGUUUAGGCGAGCCAAUGUUCAAGUAUGUAGCAAAUAUGCAUGGAGAUGAAACAGUUGGUCGAGAAUUAAUGAUAUUUCUGGCCCAAUAUCUGCUGAAAAAUUAUGGUUCAGAUGCUAGGGUGACUCACCUUGUAAACACAACUGACAUAUUUCUUAUGCCGUCUCUAAAUCCAGAUGGGUACGAGGCAUCGCAGGAAGGAUUAUGUGAUUCUAAAUCAAGAUUUGAAGGAAGGUUGAAUGCCAAUGGUGCUGACUUAAACAGAGACUUUCCAGACCAGUUUGAUACAAAGGAAACAAGUGGAAAUAUUCUUGAUGGGCGUCAGAAUGAGACAGUUGCUGUUAUGACAUGGAUUGUGUCUAAUCCAUUCGUUUUGUCAGGAAAUCUUCAUGGAGGAGCAGUUGUUGCUAGUUAUCCUUUUGAUGAUUCAGGAACGGGUCGUGAAUGCUGUGUUGAUAGCCCUUCUCCAGAUAACGACUUGUUCAAACACCUUGCAAGAGUGUAUGCUAGCGCAAAUCCAAUUAUGCGAACUGGAAAUGCAUGCCCUCCAGAAUAUUUUGGUCGUGGAAUCACGAAUGGUGCACAUUGGUAUGAGGUGAAAGGUGGAAUGCAGGAUUUCAACUAUGUUCAUUCCAAUUGCUUUGAAGUUACAUUUGAACUGAGCUGCUGCAAAUUUCCCAAUUCAUCUGUGCUCUCCAUGGAAUGGGCAAACAAUAAAGAAUCUCUUCUAUCUUUCAUAGAAGCUACACAUAUGGGAGUGAAAGGUGUUGUUACUGAUGAAGAUGGAAAUGGGAUAGAAGGAGCACAAAUUGGUGUGUUGGGUAUACUUCAUAAUGUCAGUACAACUUCACAUGGUGAAUAUUGGCGUCUUCUCCUCCCUGGCACCUACAAUCUAGUCGUCUCAGCAUGGGGAUAUGAACCAGUAACUCCUGUUCCCAUAACUGUGGUGCAAGGAAAUACAACUAUAAUGAAUUUCUCCCUCAGAUUUGCAUCUCCACAGUCAGCAGGUGAUGAGAGUGACUUAAAUGUAGUGUCUCCACCCCCACAUGAUGAAUAUGGGUUUAUUACACCAACUGAAUUCAAGCAUCACAAGUUCCAAGAACUAGAGGCACAGCUACAACUUUUGGCAUCAAAUUAUCCCAAUAUUACCAGAUUGUAUGAAAUUGGAUCAAGUGUUGAGGGCCGAAAGCUAUAUGUCAUGGAGAUAUCUGACAAGCCAGGAACUCAUGAACAAGGUGAACCAGAGUUUAAGUAUGUAGCUAACAUGCAUGGCAAUGAAGUGGUAGGACGUGAACUGCUGUUACUGCUCAUCAAAUAUCUCUGUGAGAAUUAUGGCACUGAUCAACGCAUCACAAACAUUGUUAACUCAACCAGGAUACAUAUCCUGCCAACAAUGAAUCCUGAUGGCUAUGAACAUGCCUUUCCAGGAGAUUUCAGUAGUUUGGUGGGACGACCAAAUUUUCAUGGUGUAGAUCUCAAUAGGAAUUUUCCUGAUCAGUUUGGAGUUACUCAGUUCAAUGCUAAAGCAGAGCCAGAAACAUUGGCUGUUAUGAAAUGGAUCCAUUUGUACCCAUUUGUUUUAUCGGCAAAUCUUCAUGGUGGAACUUUGGUCGCCAAUAUGCCAUACGAUGAUAAUCCAACCCAGACAAGUGGUCAGCCUUAUGUAACUCCAGAUGAUGCAGUCUUUAAAAUGCUUGCAGAAGCAUAUUCCAGUGCACACAAGAAAAUGCAUUUAGGAAAACCCUGCCCCAAAGCUUCAAAUGAAGAAUUUUCAGAUGGAAUAGUGAACGGUGCCAGGUGGUACGUUGUGUCUGGUGGUAUGCAGGAUUGGAAUUAUUUGAAUACCAACUGCUUUGAGAUUACUCUGGAACUUGGCUGUUACAAGUUCCCUCCAGCUAACCAGCUUCCCACUUUCUGGCUUGACAACAGAGAAGCUCUACUUGCUUAUAUUGAAGCUGUCCAUAAGGGUGUCCAUGGAUUUGUAAGAAGCACAGGAGGUAAUGGACUGAGUAAUGUGACUAUCUCGGUGCAAGGAAUCAAUCACAAUAUUACUACUGCAGCCGAUGGCGACUUCUGGAGACUUCUGGUCCCAGGAAAAUAUAUUGUCACAGCCUCAGCACAUGGAUAUGAAAGUGAAACAUUGGAAGCAGUCGUACCAGCUGAUGGGACAGGCAGUGUCAGUCUUAACUUCACACUUCUGAGAGAUAAUCCAGAACUAUGGUCAUCUCGCAGUGAUUAUGGCUUGAAAGAGAACUUAGCCUCAGGGAAAUACCUCAGUAAUAAUGAGCUGAGACAAGCUAUGGCAAGCCUUGAAACAUUAAAUCCAUUAGUUGCUGAGCUGCAUGAUAACAAUAAUAUGGUUCCACUACCAAUAACUUCACUCAAACUCACAGAUGAGGCUGGUGCUCCUGAGGAAAAUAAAUUCCAUAUUGUUUUGAUUGGAGGACUAUAUGCUUCUCAACCAGUAGGCAGAGAACUUCUUAUACGAUUGGCUCGUCACCUGGUUGCUGGCUAUGGGAGACGAAACCCCAGUAUUUUGAGCAUCUUGUCCAAAGCGGUUAUUCAUGUAAUGCCAGACAUUGAUCCUUCCUUUAAUACAACUGAUAAUCCUGUCUGCAAUCCUCCAAACAAUCCUGCAGAAACAGGGUACCAGUUCCUUGUGCCACAGAAUGGAACAAGUGAAGCAGCAGAUGCAUUGAAGAGCAUGAUGGAAAAAGAAGAAUUUGAUUUAGCACUUAACAUUGAAGGUGGUGGAAUUUAUGUAAGUCUUCCAACAACCGAGAUUGAUUCUCUGACAACGGCUGUUUUUAGAAUGCUGGCUGAGCGUUACAUCCGAGACCACCCUAAAAUGUCUCUGUUCCAGCAGAGUAAUUCAUGCAAACAACAAUUAACCACACCAGGAAGUGAAGAUAGCAUAGAAAUUGUGGACAAUAAAGUAAUGACUUUAGCAUAUCAGCAGUAUGGUGUUCCAAUGGUGACAGCUCAUGUCAGUUGUUGUAAAUAUGCACCUGCAAGUGACUUGGCAUCUCUUUGGAGAGAAAACCUUAAUUCGUUUAUUGAAUUUUUGGCAGCUGUCCAACAAGGUAUUCGAGGCUAUGUGGAAGAUAUAAACAGAGAACCUCUUCGAGAUGCUGUUGUAUGGAUAAAGGGCUUAGAGAAACCUUUGCGACUGACAAAGAAUGCUGCCUUCUUCAAAGCCAUGCUUCCGCCUGGUGAUUAUAAACUUGAGGUAUCAUGCCCAGAGCACUUGCCUAAGACUGUAUCUGUAAGAGUACUGAAAAAUCAGUUGAAUGAUGUGAAAGUGAUACUGGAUCGAACAGAAGGACAGGGAGAUGGAUAUCACACCUACAUUCAGAUUCAGAAACACCUGAAGCACCUCAACUCAAAUUAUCCUGGUAUCUCAAGACUGUACAGCAUUGGUUCAAGUGUUAACAGCAAGGACAUACAAGUGCUGGAGCUUGGGUUACAAACACGAGAUAGUACCAUUAGAGGUUAUCCAGCAAUUGUCUAUGUUGGUAAUCUUCAUGGUAAUGAACCAGUCACCACAGAAAUUUUGUUGAAUCUUGUGCACCAUCUUUUAUCCAGUUAUAAGAAUGAUAAUAGGAUCACCAAGCUUCUGGAGACCUUGUCGGUACAUAUUGUACUUGAUGCAAAUCCUGAUCAUUUAGCUUCCACAGAGAAACAGAAGUUUCCAGAAGACUGCAAUUCCAGCUCCAUUAGUGGUGUCAAUGGAAAUGGAGUGAAUCUUGACACUGAUUUUCCUUCAGAAGCUAAUAAAAAACAGCUACCUCAACCUGAAACACAAGCUCUGAUGGAUCUUCUGCAGAAGACAGUACCAGUCCUCACUGUGGCUCUUCGUGCUGGAUCACUUCAUGUAGACAUUCCAUAUGCUGGUGGCAGAGGUUCCAAAGAAGGCAACAGAUACGCUACAUCAGAUGAAGAGAUAUAUCGUAAUCUUGGCAAGUAUUAUGUCUCACAUCAUCCAACAAUGGGGGAUGGCCAUCCUAAUUGUACAAGCGACUCACGAGAUGUCUUUGAAAAUGGUGUCAUAAAUGCAGGAAGCUGGAGGGAUCGAAAUGGAAGCAUGAUUGAUUACAGCUACGUGAACACCAGCACAUUCCAGUUGGAUGUGUUUGUGGAUUGCUGUGGGUCUCCAGAGAAGUCACGUCUGCCAACACUCUGGAAUGAACAUAAGGAAAGUUUGUUAGCAAUGAUGGAUGCAGUAACCAAGGGGAUUACAGGUUACGCGAUUGAUGGUGAGAAUCGGCCAAUAUCAGUAGCAGAUGUGCAUGUGGAGGGCAGUACUCAUGUAGUGAAUGUUACUGCAAGUGGAGCAUACUGGAGGCUGCUACCACCAGGUGAUCACACUGUCACUGUAUCUGCUCGUGGGUACCUUCCAACCACCAAGCUUGUGCACGUCACUGACAAGGAUUCAGCUCCUAUCAUGUUUAGACUUUAUAGAGAUGAGACAGUCAUGGGAUUGCCAAGGAUGGUGUUUAUUAUGCUAGCCGGCACUGUAUGCAUGGCAUUAGUCGUACUUGGGAUAUGCUUCUAUACGGUGUGUCAAAAGCGAGCAAAGAGAGACAGGAGAGAUUAUUACUUCUCUCCUCUUCCACAGAAAUUGCUCCUUGAAGGUGACUACAAAGAUGUAGCAGACUCCUUCAAUACACCACUUACAGGUUCUAGCACAGUAGCACAACCAUACUAUGAUGAUGAUGAAGAUUCAGGCUCAGAGGAAGAUAUAGUCUUAAUUCAUCCUAGUCACCAAAAAUGGGAACCUUCCUCAACAUAGGACUCUGUCAAUCUAACGACAAGACCAGACAGCUGAAUUCCUACAACUUACCAUGUAUGUGCACAGCUCACAAUAGUCUUCCAGUGAAUAUACUCCAAAGCUUAAUAUGUUUAACAUUAUGUAAAAUACUAGAAACAAUCACUAUUUUGAUAAGGUUUUUUUUCAUAGCAAAUAAGAUUUAGAACUGUUUUUACCCUAUAGUACCAAGAUGAAUUAGAUCAACAGUUUCAGAAAAACUGCUCAAGUUUCUCGGUUAAAUCUCCUUUAACUGACAUUCACUGUUUUGGAUAGCUGCAGAAAACUAACCUCAGGUAGCAGAGGUGACAAACAGAGCCACAGGGACAGGAAAAUGAGUGUUUCAUACCUAACGUACACAUACCAGAGUAAUAAUUUUAUCUUAAUGUUUGCAAAUUAAGAAAAGAAUUAUAUUGUUUAUAUUUUGCUUGUAGACUGGUACUGAAAGAGUAUAACAUUUUAUACACUGUGUUGUAUUAAUAACGAUGUUUUUAUGGUAUCAUCACUUAAUACUGAGUACAGAUUCAGUUAAAAGAAUAUUUGGAGCAGAUAGGAUUAAAAAAUAAGAAGUAUACUCUGAUUGGUGCUGUUUUAUUACUUUCAUCAGAAUAACACAUAAUGACUAGCUAAUUUAUAGUUUUAACUGUACACUAAUAGUAUUAAGAAAAUUCAGGGACAUUGUAUUGUAUAAUUUGGAAUACUUUCCUUUGUGAUAAUUUGCUAAGAUUCUGAGAGAAAUGGGUAGAGUGAAUUCAGGACAUGAAUGAAGAUGGAACCUCUAGUCAAGUAAGUGAAAUAUACUGAAACAGAGGUUACUGUAUGUAUCUCUUUAACUUCAACUUACAAACGGUGAAUCACUGUUAUGAGAUAUUGCAGUAAACUGAAUGUUUCUAUACUGUUAAUAUAGUUGAUAACUGGCAUUCAUGUUAACUAUCAAAUACAGUUGUAUUGUGAUAUCAAAAUCUGGAAUUUUUUAUGGGCAUUUUAAGUUGUCUUCUUAUAUAAUAGUCAUAUUUGAUUUGUUCUAGGAACUUGUAAAAUGUGAAUUUGUUGUUUAUUCAAAUACUGUACUAACCUUUUUUCCCUGAAAUCUUUGUCUCGAAAAUUGAAGUACAUUUCUGGCACCUUUAGCUGCCCCAAAAAUUGGUGUAUUUUUAAUCAGAAUAUUAUUUGGCAGUUAUCCAGUCUGUAGUAUAAAUCUAGAAAGACAAACUAAGCCAGAUGACAACGUUUGUGAGUCCUAAUGUAAUGGAGGAAGAGCUAUCAACAUCAUUAUGUUUUGAACAAGCAACCAAUCAUUUCAUGAGAGAGUCCAAAUGAUCAUAACACAAGAAAAAAAAUGAUAAUAAGCACCCUGAACGAAAACCAGAGACAAUAACAUUUUUAUUUGUCUUUCUUUUGUUGGUUGUUGUUCAAGUUGCACAAAUACCAUAAAUGAGUAGUUUAAUGUACUGUUAUAAAAUAGAAUUGAUAUAGCUGUAAUGAGAAAUUAAUAACAGUGUAUCAGAACAACAAAGCUGUACAUACAAAGUCAUGAGAUGUAUUUUAUAAAUGUCCUUCAGGCAAAGUUUGUUAAUGUCACAUUUACAACCACUACAAAAAAUUAUUUCCCAUUGGAUUUUAACAGACUUCCACACCAGUUUUGAUAGAAAACAUAAUACUGAUAGAAAAUAAUGGUGAAGGUACUUAUAAUUUGUCCUUAUAUGCAAGAAAAUGUUAGUUGUGGAGGGUAAUAACAAUUAAAUUAUAUAUAGGGACCAAAAAUGUCUUUUAAAAGGGGAAAGCUGUAGUAAAAAAUAAAGUGACCAAAGUCGUGUUUUCCAUUUUGAGAGUGAUGACAUGUUACUGGUAUUUUUUAAUAAAUUGUAAAUAUAUAUUUGCUACUGUGUGUGUUCUCUGUGUGUAGAUAAAGAGUUUUGGAAAAAUGUGAUCUUUCAUGCAGAUAAAAUUAAAAAUUAUAUAAAUCUGU